CAUCUUCUGUUGUUGCUGUCAAACUGCAGCUAAAAAUUCUGCAGGGCUGGCAGCUGCAUAGAAAGAAGGUGCUGCUUUGGCUUUUGUAGCAACUUCCAUUGCUAACAAACAUAUGUUGAGUCUUGAGAGAAAAAGGAAAAGAAAAUUUUCUAGAGAGGGAGAGAGAUUGAUGUUAUGGUCUCCCAUCUGAAAACCACUACCAUCUUCUUCACUUGAACCGAAGCAAGUUGCGAAUGAAGUGAACUUACUCCUUCUACUCUACUACAGCUGUGGUAGGUGUGGCCGUGGAAACAAGAAAAGGAGAGAAUAGAUGGUUUGGAGUGGAAUCUUGAGUAGCAAAACAUGGAUGCAUACGAAGCAACAAAGAUUGUUUUCCAAAGGAUCCAAAAUUUGGACCCUCAAAACGCUUCCAAAAUCAUGGGGUUUCUCCUGAUCCAAGAUCAUGGUGAGAAAGAGAUGAUCCGCCUCGCCUUUGGCCCAGAAUCCCUUAUCCAAACUGUAAUCAUCCAAGCCAAGAAAGACCUCAAUUUGAACACACCUUCAACUCCUUCAAGUCCAUCUCCAUCCUCACCCUUCACCAACCCACUUUCUCUCUCUAGACAAAACUCCACCUCAAGAAUGAUUGGCGGCGUAAACCUCCCCUCCCCUCUCAGUAUCACUAACCACUCCUCUUCUUGGACUAACUCCAGCAACUUCUCCGACGACUUGAUCAGUCCUACCACCUACAAUGGCAGCUCGCCGCCGUCGACGAUGAACUCCGCCGCAGCGCCAUUUUACGUCGGAGCUGAGGUUGACUUGAUUGACGAGCUCCAUCUCCAAGAUCAGCUCUCCUUCUUCAACGACGCCCCGCCCCACCGCCGGAGCUGCUCCGUCAGCGAUAUCUGCUUGCAGACGGAUGAUUUGGGCGGGGGAUUUGGGUGGAAGCCUUGCUUGUUCUACGCUAGAGGCUUUUGCAAGAACGGGACGAGCUGCCGCUUCCUCCACGGCGAGGGGGAGAUGAUGGAGCCCCUCAAUUUCCCUUUCUCACCUAACCGCUGCAUCAAUUUUCAGCAACCUGAUAGUCCACGAUCUCUGGUGAUGGGUGAUGGGAUGCACAAAUUCGGGCGGGGGCGGGGCGAGUUUGCGAUGAAUCCGGGGUCGAGGCAGAUUUACUUGACCUUCCCUGCUGAUAGCACGUUCAAGGAGGAGGAUGUGUCCAUUUAUUUUAGUAAUUUCGGGCCGGUUCAAGAUGUAAGGAUCCCUUAUCAGCAGAAGAGGAUGUUUGGUUUCGUCACAUUCGACUUCCCGGAGACUGUGAAGCUCAUUCUCGCAAAGGGCAAUCCUCAUUUCGUCUGCGAUGCCAGGGUGCUGGUCAAGCCCUACAAAGAAAAGGGAAAGAUCCCGGACAAGCAUAGGAAACAACAGCAACAGAUGGAAAGAGGGGAAUUCCCCGGCUGCAACAGCCCUGAGUCAAGAGAUCCUUACGAUCUUCACCUUGGGGCAAGAAUGCUGUACAACACUCAGGAUUUGUUGUGGAGGAGGAAAUUGGAGGAGCAAGCUGAUCUGCAGCAAGCGAUUGAGCUGCAGAACAGGCGGCUCAUGGGUCUUCAGCUUCUCGAUGUCAAGAGAAAUAGCCACCACCGCACGCUCUCUAGUGGCGCUGUUAUAUCCUCUCCCAUGACCUUCUCCCCGACGUUCUUCAGUCGCACCAGCCCUGAAGUCAAAGAAGAAAAUGGCUCGAUUGGAUCCUAUGCUGCUGCUUCCAAUCGUGAGGCGCAUUUGGCUACAAAUGCGAAUGCAAAUGCAAAGGAGGAAAGUGAGCCAAGCAUUGGCAACAAUAACUCCCCCAAACAAAGUGAAUAUUUACAAGAAAGCUUGGAGCACAACCUUCCCGAAAGCCCCUUUGCUUCCCCGAAGGCGGGUGGAGACAUGGCCACAGCCUUCUCCAACCACAAGAUGGAAGCGGAAAAGGUCUCCGCGCCAUCCACUAACAAUGAUUUGAUCACCAGCCCGUCGUUGUUCCCUGCCUCCGCUUCAUUAGACAUAGCUCCUUUUAAAUCAUGUUACUUCCAAGUUCCUAGGUUUGCCUCAGGUCACGAGACUGUUGGAAUGUAGCCCUAGAUCCCUUUUUGGCCUUCCUAACAACCCUUAAUGAAAAGGCCGACGAUUGAAACAUGUAGUCCACCACAACCGCAGGAGCCACGACAACCACCUCUACCUCGACGCAAUUAAUGUCACACACCAGAAGCAGGAUUAGUGUCCAAUACCAUACUAGUUACUACCAUACAAGUUGCAUACAUAAAAAAGGCAGUAAAGAAGAGUGGGUCAGCCAUCGAUUUUCUCUCACUCCUUGUACUGUUUAUCUCCUUUCACAUCUGUAGUUGAAAUUUGUUGGACCACAGGUUUAAACAAGAAAAUAGUGAAUAGUAAAAAAAAGAAAAAUCAAACAUGUCAGUCAUCAGGGGCUGUAAUUUUCAUUGAUGCCUUGCCCAGUAAUUUUAUUAGGUAACAAUGUGAAAGAAAAGGCACUGUUUGCCUUGUGAUAUCACUGUAAUAUCAUUGUACUAAUACCAUGUAUAUUAUGAGAAAGGUAAAGGAAUGAACAUUUAGUAAA